AUGAUGGCUUUGGUUGGUUGUUCUUUUUCACUGUACGGCCGCAGACACAUUCUGACAGCACUUCAGACAGCAGCUUUGUGCCCCGCCAGCUGCUUGUUCCAUGCCUACCAUGGUGUUUUUGUACAGACAGCACUUCAGACAGCAUUAUGCUGUAGUCGGCAAUCUUCCGUUUUGGUAUAGAGUGGGACAGGGAGGGGGUGAUGCUACUGUUACAGUAGCAUCAUGUAGUCGAACGGUGGGACGGACGUGCAGUUCAGUUUUUGGGCACGCAUACGGUGCUGCAGGGAUUUUUAGGUGUACCUCUUCGGGCUCUUGCAUACCUUUUUCUCGUCAGAUGUGUGCGUGUUCUUUAGAUCCU